AUGCUUUGGCCGACGCAUCAAUAUGAAAGGUGGAUCCACCACUGCUUACUUCUGUGGUUCUGCUUCGCCGGCAUCGUGAGGACAUCCCAGCCACCACAGCCAUCAUCGCAGUGUACCGCAGGUGAUUGCCCAAAGGGGCGCAAGGAUCCAGGCGUGUUGCUGAUGCAGCUGAAACCAAAGUUGCACCGAGCGGAGAGCAACAAGACGGACCAGGCCGAGGACACCAAGCCGAGCUGCUGCUCUCGAUGCGGUGGCCGUGGCUGGUGCUCUCCUGUGAGCAGGAACUGUCAUCAGCUGCAGAAGAAGCUCUACUAUGAGCCAUGUGAGUCGCAUCCGCCCGAUGCGGUGACGGUCGGUGCGCUGGACUGGUCUGAUGAGUUUGAUGGUGCCGCGAUCGAUACAUCGAGCUGGGCUCUGCUUGAAGGGGAAGGGCCCCCAUCGCUGCAGCGAUACACCAGUCGCAGGGACAACGCUUUCGUGGAAAAUGGCACAUUGAAGAUCGUGGCGAAGUGCGAGGACUUGGGCAGCUGGAAGUAUUCGUCCGCCAGGUUGACCACCAACAAGCUGCGGGAAUGGGGCCCCGGCCAUCGUAUCGAGGUGAGAGCUCGUGCCCCGGCUGGUCGUGGCAGCUGGCCUGCUGUGUGGAUGCUCCCUUCACAGGGUGUUCAUGGAAGUUGGCCGAACAGUGGUGAAAUUGACAUCAUGGAGACCACAGGCUGCGCAAGCAGCAAGGUGCAGGCUGCUGUGCAAACAGGUGCUUUCAAUGCUGCUGGCAAGUCACAGAAGGGAAAUCAUUUCUACACUACCACCUCGGCCUGGCACCUCUACACACUCGACUGGCUGCCUGGCAGGCUGAAGUGGUACGUUGACGGCGUGAGCUACUUUGCUUUUGCGCCGGACGUUCAAAACACAGCAGAGUGGCCGUUCAACGAGAAGUUUUUUCUGAAUCUGCACGUUGCGGUACUCGAGAUAGAUUAUGUUCGGGUGUACGAGUUGCACGAGGCACACGCCUAA